AUGUCUGAUCGUGACAUGUGUUUGCCGGUGGGCCUAAUUGGCUGGUCGCAGGACUCGGUUUCAGGGUCGUUCGGUAACGGCCAGGACAUCCGAAUAGCAAUCGAGGCGCUGAGGAGCCUAACCAAUGAUCAGCGGAGAGCGGUGAUUGCUACAUAUGACCCCCUUCGUGUAGUGGAAUUCCGUGAUCAAGGCUGGAUCACACUGGAUAACCGUCUCCUCUAUAUAUUCAGAGCCCUUCUAUUGCCGGAAACGUCGAUUUCAGUAAGGCUAGCAACAACCGAAGAAGCUAAGGAAUUUAGGAAGAAGCUGACCACUGAGGGGGCAACAAUUGUUCUUCGAUCUAAUCGACAUUCCUGA